AUGCUUCCAGCGAUCCUCAUCUUGAAUGACCGCUACUAUCCGAGUUCUAAAAACUCCCCUGCUAAGGUUGGGGCGACUGCUUUUGCGUUACAAGUGAUACGAGUUCUGGAGGACGCGGGGCUGUUUGGCGGCGUGAUUCUCUAUGAUCGUCAGGAUCACUUAGCGGCGCCCGUUGUAACAGCUUGUGACAAGAGAUUCAACACCAUGCGUCAAGUUGUCUUUCAAUUUUGGCAUGAACACUGUGCAAGUCCGACCGACACACUCCUAAGAUAUCAUCCGAAGCGUCUACCUUAUUGCGUCACCCACCACGGACCUUUCUACGGCGAUUUCACUCGCCACUUUACGGAAGGCCUUGCUGCUAUAGCAUAUGGCUCCGAAAACAAAGCUUCUCAUCUGGCAGGGACUCAGGAAGAGGGCUUGCGACAUCUUAAAGCUUCUGAUCAUGCAUACGUUCUACAGCAUUCCAACAAACAAGGCGAUUAUCUCAUGGAGCGAGGUAUCGAUCCUGCUCGAAUUCGAGCACUCAAUCCACCGAUCCAUUCAAUGAGAAUCUACCACCAUCAUAAAACAGCCAACAUCGAAGAACUUGUAUUCUUUUCAUCGAGUGAAAGAAAUCUCAUCUUUACCGCCGUUGCUCGUUUAGAUUAUUUCAAGAAUGUAGAGCUAUUAGUAGACUCAGCGGUGUCACUCCUCGACCGUGGAAAACUUGUGCGCUUACUGAUAGUGGGUGGCGAAGGGACUUCAGACACAGCGUCAGCGAGAUUGAUAGCCCGCGUCCCACAAAAACAUAGCGCUCAUGUCAAGAUCACUUCCAAAAUUCCGAAGGACGACAUGUAUGCACUCUUUGAUUUUGUACGAACGCAGGGAAUAUUCGUGUGUACAUCACGUUAUGAGACUCUUGGGAUCACUCCACUUGAGGCAGCCCUGAGCGGUGUAACGACAGUGAUGCCUGACUGCGACCUUGUCGAAGCCUCACGUUAUUUUCCCUCAAGCUUUCGCUUCGACCCUUCGGUAACCGGGCUUUCGCAUGUGUUAGAAGGGUUCCUUCAAAAUGCGUUGGAAGAUUCUGGACGGGAGCUGCAACGCUUCAUUAACAGCUUAAUUUCAAAGGAGAGAUUUGUAUUUGACUUGCUGACGGCAUGGUCCGAAUUCUCUCAGCUUGCCCUCAAAAGUUUAGCCAGUUCAAACAGUACCGCCUAUAAUAAACCCACUCGACCAUUGAAGAUCAGAGGACGAAGAUAUUCCAUGUAA